GGAUGCUUGUGCAGUCCUGAAUCUGUGGGGUCACCCUGGGAAGUGAGCUAAGCUCCAAAAGGUGGAUCAGGGUUAAUGUCCUUGAGACAGGCUGUCUGGAGAGCUGCAGCUUCCUAUUCUCCCAGCCUUGUCACCCUGGAUCAGGAUAAAAAUAACUACGACACUAUGUUCUUUUAAAAUUCUUUUUCUAGACUGUAAGCGGAAGAUUCUGGCUUGUGUUUCUGCUCACUUCCUGUUUCUCAUUUCACAGGGAACUGCUCUUUGAAGGGCCCUUUUUGAGCUCAGAACAUACCGUGCUGAUAAAAUAUGGCUUGAGGGAUAGAUUAGUUUUAUAGAGGAACAGAGUCUAUUGGCUCAUAUAGUAUGGAAACUUUUUUCUGGCUGCUGGGAUCCACCUAUAAAAAAUACUGCAGUUUGGCCCCGUCAGGGAAGCCAGAACCUUCAUGGGAGUGCAAAGCUGCAGGAGACAGGAAACGAAGCCAUUAUUGUCUGUCAGUCAGCCCCAUGGUGGAAGAAGAGUGUGGACACAGUCCCCAGAAGAAUCCCACAAGGCAUGUGCCCCUGGACUCUGCACAAGGGUUGACAAAAGGUCUAAAAGAGAAAGAGCUCACCCCAAAGAGACUGCAGAUCCUUCUGGUGGGGAGAACAGGAAGUGGGAAAAGCGCAACAGGAAAUAGCAUCCUUGGCAGGCAAGUAUUUGAGUCCAGAAUCAGCGCUAGACCAGUGACCAUGACCUUCCAGAAAGGGAGUAGACAGUGGACUGAAAAGGAGCUUGAAGUGAUUGACACCCCAGACAUUUUGUCAUCUCAGGACAAGCCUGAGGUAGCAGCUGAGAUCUGCAGUGUCUUGGCCUCUCCAGGGCCCCAUGUAGUCCUGCUGGUGAUUCAGGUGGGCCGGUACACUGCAGAGGACCAGCAAGCUGCCAGGCGCCUCCAGGAGAUCUUUGGAAAAGGGAUCUUGGCUUACACCAUUCUGGUGUUCACUCGGAAGGAAGACCUGGACGAGGGCUCCUUGGAAGAGUAUAUCCAAGAGAACAGCAAUAAGAGCCUGGAUGAUCUGGAUGUUGCAUGUGAGAGACGACAUUGUGGCUUCAACAACAGGGCACAAGAGGAUGAGCAGAAGGCCCAACUGAAGGACCUUAUGGAGAAAAUUGAAAUGAUCUUAUGGGAAAACGAGGGCCACUGUUACAGCAUAAAACCUCCAAAUGUUCCCAGCAAGGUUUGAGGAGGGAUCCUGGCUGGAAGGCUGUCCCCAGAAUGGCCUCUGAGAAGACCUGUAGGUACCUGAUAGUGAGGGCAUCCAUACGAGCACAGACUGGCCAUAAGCAGGAGUGUCUUAGUGUUCUAUUGCUGUGAAGAGAACCAUGACCAUGGCAACUCCUAUGAAAUAAAGCAUUUAAUUAGGGCUUGCUUACAGUUUCGGAGGUUUAGUCCAUUAUCAUUAUGGUAGGGAGCACAGAAGCAUGACAGCAGGCAGGCAGACCUGGUGCUGGAGAAGUAGUUGAGAGUUCUACAACCAGAUCCACAAAGCAGCAGGAAGAGGAAGACUCUGGGUUUGGAAUGGGCUUUUUGAAACUUCAAAACCCACCUCUAGUGACAUACUUCCUUGAACAAGGCCACACCUCCUAAUGCUUUCAAAUAGUGCUACUCCCUGGUGACCAAGUAUUCAGAUCUAUGAGCCUAUGGGGAUCAUUCUCAUUCAAACCACCACAGGACAUUCCAUCAUCAGCUGCACCCUGUGUCCAGCCCUUGUUGCCUGUUCCCUCUGUCUCCACAGAGAGCUUUCC